AAUCAACAGUAAAGACAAUUUUUAUCACUAGCUUUUUUCGAGAGCUUUUUUAGCUUUCCACUGUAUGUACUGUAAGAGUUUAGAAGCUUUUUUACCAUCGAUAAGACUAUUUUCAAGACAAGAACUAAUCAAGACACUCGCAGAUGCUGUGAGGGCGUUUUAAACCCAUCAACAAACCGUACCGUACCGGCAAACCUUUUAUAAAUAUCAAGUCAAAUCAACACACAGCAACCAUGUAUUCAAGUACUACUCUACUCCUUAUAUCCCUGUGUCUACUGUCAGCGCAAGCCUCGCACUUCCCUGACCUCUUUGCAGCGCUGGACACACUACUCUGUCAAAAUGUAGAGAAAAGGCAAUCGACAAUAAUCGAUAUCAAGCAGUCCAUUACUCUCGGGGCUGAACUAUUAGACGGCCAAUGGAUGGACACUAUGGACUCCUGUGUAGCCGAGUGUUGUGGAAUAGAUAAAUGUGAUUUCGCACUUUUCAAGAACGAUGGUUCAUCUACUAGUGGAAAGAAUUGCUAUUUCGUUAGCUGUGGCGAUUCUGAGUCUAAUUGUAUUGUGGUACCAAAUAGUGGGUUCACGAGUGCCGUGAUUAGAGGCAGGAAAGGAGGAAAAGAAGGACAAAAGAAUGGCUCUCCAUUGACCACACCCCCUCCCACCUCCACCCACGCUGUCACAACCGUCACACCCUCACAGUCCACACCCACACAUCCAACCCCUACAACUAGCAAACUGCCCCAGUCCGAUACCACCUCGACUCCCGUAUCAACUCCCGUGUCCCAUGCAGAAUCAUCCGCCAGCACAACAUCGAAACCAAACGAUCAAAAUACGGAUCACAACUUAAUCACUGAAAAUUCCGAAUCAAGCAAAUCAAAAAUUGAUUCUAAUUCGAAAGCUCCUGAAACUAACGCAGUCGCCAACGGGAAACAACCUGUUAACCCUGUUCCCACUGAAAAUGGUGGCUCUGGAAUGAUAGCAGUGAUAAUAGUGGGUGUGGUCUGCUUUGCCAUCGUGGUGAUUGUGGUUGGCGUGCUGGCUCAGAAGGUUUGGAGCGAUCGUCGGCGUAAAAAAUUCAGGAAUGUGGACUACCUCAUCAAUGGAAUGUACACUUAACUGACUGCAUGAUUAAUAGUGUGUGCUUGAUAAUUACUACUUUUGCUUUUGUGUUUUAUUGUACAUCGUAGUAAUUAUGUGACUUAUGAAAAUAGCUUUAUUAAACGC